AUGCAGGUACACAAACAUGUCGCAUGGGGCGCUCCAAUGCCCCAGAUCAUGCCUCCGGCGCAAAAUCCUGUGCUGCUUGCAAGGCAGGUUUUCCUCGCUUGGCUUCAAAGAGAGAAUGCGUCGGUCGGCCGAGCGCUGCUGCAGUUCGACUUGGAUGCCGAUGGCAUGCUCUCCGGCUACGAGAUUUCACGGGCCGCGGCGCAGGCCGGCGUGGCUGCGGAAGACAUUCCCAGCCUGCUGCGACACCUAGGCGUCGGCCCCGGAGGCCUGGCCGUGGAUGCUCUGUCAGACAUCUUGCUGGGACAUGUAACACCAUCGGCACCGGCGGGGCCCAAGCAGAGGCCGUUGUCGAAGGUGGCCGCAACAACACCCACAGAGCGAACGCUGAUCCGCCCGCCAAGCAAGUUCCUCCAGCUUGUGCAAGAUGCAAAGAACCAAGCCGAUUACAAGGUGCAAGUCCUUCAAUUCCUGCAAAGUUCUCCAGGGGAUAAUCUUGAGCAGAAGGAGACCGAUGCCGUUGCAUUCUGCCUCUCAAUACCUGCAAGAGACCUGUACAGCAUCGUGGACGGCUUUGGCUCAACCGUGCUGGUGCUUGCUUGCAGACUCGGCAUGCAGCAACUUUUUCAAGUAAUUCUGACGACUUCCGCAUCAUCUCAGGAGCGCAGCACCUUCGCCAACAAGCCCAACGACAUGGGAUGGACCCCUCUACUCCUGGCAGCACAAAACGGAUACCGUCGCAUGUGUGAAGAGCUUCUUUGGGCACAGGCCGAUCCCAAUCUUCCCACAGAAGGCACGCGUCUCUCCCCACUGACAUUGGCAGCUUCUUAUGGCCAUGCUGACACCGUCCGGCUCCUGCUGGAUCUGGAGUGGACCAGACCGCCUACCAACCGGGCUCAUCCCUGGAUGCUCUCUUCCGACGGGCGUUCGGCUUUGCACUUCGUCCGGGCACGACUGCAGUGCCGGAUGAAACUUGUGGACGAUGGAGAGGAUCAACGGCUGGACAGCUACAGCGUCAGAAAGCCGCGGCACGCGGAACUUCCUGAAGACUACAGCAACAUUGAGCGAAUGCUGGUCGCAGCAAUGCGUGUGGUGCCACCGCCACCCGGAUUCGAAGCGGCUGUCCAGGACGAGUUCCUGCGCAGAAAGGCCGCUGAUGUGUCGAGCCUACGCACCCCGGUCACCAGGCGCAAGCAGGGGAUGGGCGCAACUGCCAGCGUUGAGGCCCCGAGUGCUGAUGAUCUCAAGCGGCUUUAUGACAAGCACGACAUUACCGGCUCCGGGCACCUGGAGAAGCAAGAGGCUUUCGCGCUUCUCGAAGACCUCAGGAUCCGAUAUGGCAUGGAGGAAGAGCUCCCCGAGUCCUUCAAGGAGGCGGUUUUUCAGGAUUUUGACAAGGACAGCGCCGGCACCUGGAGUUGGCAUGAUGUGCGAGUUCUGAGCGGAGAGGGUUGGCCUGCCAUGCGACGGCGCUUGCAGCGCUUGCGGGUGCGGGGAGGCCAGCGGCACAAUCGAGCUCAACGGCAGAAGGAGCAGACAUUUACUGAAAGUGCCGCAUCAGCUUGGUCAAAGGUGUCCGGUGCAGGAGCCGCUGUCGCGGCCCUCAAGGAGGUGGAAAAGGCUCCGGACUUGGAGGAGGAGGUUCAGCUGGACUUCCAUCCUUUGCGAAUCCAAAACAUCUCGAUUGGACAGGACUUCGUUGUUCGGACUGCUUUUCGGGACUUGAGCCCGUUCAUCCGGCCAACGGGUUUAGAACAACGCUCAGCGGUCGCAGACAUCUCCAGCGCGGCCGUCACGGUUGAUCCGAUCCCACCAUUUCCGAAUGAUCUAGGUGACCUCGUGAGCGUUCCAAAGGUUCCAUUUCCAAUGAAUGCGGUGUCCGGGACAGAUGCAGCCGGCCCGAAACUAUGUCUCCCGCCGCAACUAUUGCUUAGUCGGUUGAGCGUUGCACAUCCGAAUCGAUCUGUGACACCUGGAAUCCUGGACCUUCGCACCUGUGCUCGACUUGCGGGUGAUCCGUGGCGACCCUCGCCGUGGCCGGACCGCGCCCAACGAAGUGAACCAGGCGAUCUUCGAAGGGCCCUUUGUGGCGCGCGUUGUGUCCGGUGUACCUCGCGGUACUACAGAGGAUCCGACGUGGUCCGAGUCGCUGCAGCUGACUUUCACCAAAGCGAAGGGACUUUAUGUCCAUGUGGUUCUGUCGGACACGCGCUUCGGCGUCGGCUUGGGUCCUCUUGCAGAGCUUGUCGUCACGCUUGGGGAGGCGAAAAGGACAUCAGAACGUAUGUGCAGAAGAAGCGGGAGGUUUUCCUUGUUCACAUGGCGUGCGACAACAAGCGAGAGGAGAUUGUGCGUUUAGAUGCGAUGGCAAAGGCGAAGGAAGAUGCAUUGGCCAUUUCGCAGCAAACUCUGGACGACGACGCCAAGAAAAUCGAAGACUACCUCCAGGCAAGAAUCGCGAAAGCUUCCGAGGCGACGAAGGAAAGUGAUCACCACGCGAAGGUAAAGCAGGACAAGGUCGCGAGAAUAAAAAACCUGAAGCAGCAGAUCGCUGCUGUACAAAGUGACACGAGCAAGUUGAAGGAGGUAAGGGUGGAGUGCGAAAGAUACAAGAUGUUUUUGGAGAAGAUUACUCCGCCAGAAUGGAAAGAGGAGCAGAAGCGCAAGAAGGAACAAAGGAAAAAAGACAGAGCAGAAAGGUGGAAAAAGGAACGUCUCGCCCCGAUAAUGGAGCAACUAGCGCAGGAGGAAGAGAAGCUUGACAAGAUCGCCCAGGAGGAGGAGGCCGAAGCUUCAAAGAAGCGUGGCAAAAAACAGCGACGAAGAGAAGACGAGGAGGAGUUUCUGCAGCGACAGCGCGAGCGAGACAGUCGCCGCAAGCGUAUUCAGAAGCGAAGAGAGGAGGAAGAGAGGAAAGUCAAUGCGGAGUAUGUGGCUGUUUCGUCAGAAGAGGAGCCAGAGCUCUUCUUCAAGGAGCCCCAGCAGCUCAUGGACAGCUUCACAGAUCUGGAAGAGCUGAACCUUUUCCUCAUCCAGAGCUCUCAGGAAGCCGAGCAGCAGCUGGAUGACAUGCGCAGCAGCUUUGAAGCCAUGAAGAAGAACAUGGGUCACAAGGUGCAGCAGUUGAACGACCAAGUCAAGCAGUUGGAGCACAGUAUCAAGCAGGAGCAGAGAAGGGGUGAAGAGAUAAAGCAAAGCCAAGUGGAGAAAGCCAGUACAGCGAUGCAGGACAAGAAAUUGAGCUCCUUGGCAAAGAAGGUACAUGAAGUAUAUGCAAGGUGCAAUCUAGCAAGGGAUCAGCAGCAGCCGGAUACGCUGCAGAUGCUCGGGGCCAUUGAAUCGCGGAUUGAGGAGUUGAUUCAAGGUCUUGAUGAGGUCUAUCAGCAGGACGAAGACUUGGUAAUGCGGCUGGAGAAGAUCAAAGAAGGCGAUUGGCGCGAGAGAGUUCGAGAGAAUCGACUCAAGGAGCAGUCAGAAAAGCAAGAGGAUCGAUUGAAGCAGUCGCUGCAACGCUCUCAAAAACCCGUCUUCAAGAAAGCUGGCAAGCAGGUCAUGUACCGGUCUCCACCUCUACGACAGGAGCGCAAGGUAGUGGAAGACACCACUGACGAUGAAGCUCAUGCCAGAGAUCACAAGGUGUUCGACAUCUACAUCGACAGAAAGACAGGGGUGCCACACACGGACGCGCCGGUGGAAGAAGCUAGGUUGGCCGAGGCCGUCCGCUGUCCUCCGGUGGUACUGGUCGCACAGUUUGGUGGACCACGACCGAGCCUUCACUGUUUCUGCCACGUGAUCCGGGCGGAGGCUCUGCCAGAGGACACUUUCGUGAUCGAAGUUGCGCUACUUGCGAACCACGGGGAUGGUUGCAUUCUAGCACGUGGCCGAUCAGAUCCUCAAAGUGGCCCCGAUCCGAUCUAUCACAGCUCGGUGAACUUGGACUGGGAUGACGAGGGCGACAUGGCUUUCAACUGCCAGGCGGUUUAUGGACAGUAUGCCUCAGUAUGCAGUGGGACGGCUGCCCCCACCACGGUGCCCCCGACCGUGCGGCCCCGCAUCCUUGCGCUGUGCAUCUGGCUCGAGCAUUUGGCCCGAUCGCAUAGCUCCGCUUCGUCCAAGGACGGACCCAGCUCGUCCGAAGCUAUGAAGCUCCUUGCCGACCAGGGUGCCGCCAGCUUCGACAAGGUCGCCGAGUGCUACAGUGGUCCAGAGCAGAGUGUUUGGGAGCUCGUCAUGGGCAAGCAAAUCGACAUUGGCGGGGCUUCCUCGACGAUGGAAGUUGCCGAAAAAGCCGGUGUCGGCCUAGGCAUGAAGGGUGUGGACCUGAACUGCAACAACGGCGGCGGCAUGCGCUGCCUGGUGCGCCUUUGCGGCGUUGACCAGAUGGUGGGCGUCGACCUGACGAAGUCCGUGGUGGAGACCGGCCGUGUCCGCACGAAAGAGGAAGGCCUCGAUGGGAAGAUCAGCUUCAUCCACGCGAACUCCUUGGAGAACGGCCUUCCGGAUGCCUCGGCGGACUUCGUCUACAGCAAGGAUGCUUGGUGCUACAUGCCCAACAAGCAGCUCAUCGUGGAUCAGGCUGCGCGCAUCGUUAAGCCAGGAGGCAAGAUCUUCUUCACCGAUUGGAUGGAGGGUGAGAACCUCUCGGAGGAGGAGGCGCAGCGCUUCCUGGGCCUCAUGACCUUCCCCGCUAUUCCGACGGUGCAAGAGUAUGCCGCGAUGUUGGAGAAGGCCGGUUGCACGGUGCAGGUUGCCCAGAAUAGCGGCCACUUUUCGCCAGCCAUGGACUGCUACACUUACAUGCUGAAGUACCAGGCCGUCUACGAUGCCAAGAAGCUCCUGGGCUGGGACGAGAAGGCAUACGAGAAGCUAAUUUCGGACUUCGAGUUUAUGGCGAAGUUGGCCAAGGAAGGUAAGAUCAUCCAGGGCAUGUUCGUAAUUCGAACAGGAAUGGGAUUCAGUGAGGAGAUUUUCGCAGAGCUGAAGGAGAAGCUGCCACAGGCAAUGGUGGCUGCUGUUGGCAGAUCCCAACGACUGGAGCUUCGAUGUUUAGACGGAUCAGGUACCAACGCAGAGGUCAGCAUGCACUUUGCCACAGUAAUGCCAGAGGCGUGCUUGAGCAUCACGGCCUCUUCGGCAACCUGCCUUGCGCCGAAGAGCGAGGCUUGGAGUUUCAAUCCUUUCGUGGAGGCGAGCGUUCAUAGCCGCGAUCCACGACUCGGCAGCAUCGGACGCAGUGCCAAAGUCGCCAUUGCACAGACCGAGACUCUGACCAAUUGCCAUGCAGAUCCACAUUGGACACAGCCUAUGGUCCUCAAGCUGGUGCCUGAGCCUGGGCUCUUCUUGCGUGUCGUCGUCUGCUCGGAAGCCCUCGGCGUGACAAGGGCUUGGGACGAGCUAGCGGAGCUGGUAAUGGAACUGCCCGAGGCGCUGAAGCUUGCGCAGGGGUCAGUGGAGCGGAAGUGGACAAUGAAGCGGCUGAUCGACAUGAAGCGGCACGGCGAGUCUGAAAUUUUCCUGAGCUUCGCACAGGUAGGCGGCAAUGUUGCUGCCUCUGCCUUCGAGAUCGCGGAGCACCCCAUGCCCAUGCAGGAGGGAGCCAUGCCGCGGCCGCUCCACCCGAAAGCGGCUGCACUGGAUGGCAGCCCUGUGGGCCCAGCGGGAGCAAGAUCGAAGCAUACGACCAUGCAGCUUCCGAUCGCUCCCGGCUAUACACUGCCGCCGCAACCCUCCGUGCAGGGAAUGCAGCACCUGGAGCAGGUGCUUCAAGCGCAUGGCCAAGAGAUUCCAGACGUCAUAGCGCAGCGUUACGGGCCGCCGCGGCAGCCGAGGUUCCAAGAUCUUCCUCCACCUCCGGCACUCCAGCAUGUCGCGCCGCCAUCACCAGAGGAGCUCUCCCAGGCUUUAGAGCGCGCGCCAACACAAGGAGCUGUCGUGAAGGGCAGUGUGCCUUUGAGCUUCCUCAGUGCUCCUGGCAAUCCUCAUCUCGCCUGGCUUGCUCGUCGGUGA